UCAAAAGAAAUAACACACACAAGAAUCCAAGCCGAGUGCGUUUUAGUUGCGCCGUAAUCGUCUAAAGGUGAACCUUGAAAAUGAUUACCGUUUCAAGUUACUUUAUAUUUGUUUAUUUUGUGUUAAAUUUACAAAACGUACAAGCUUCUGAUACAAUCGUUUAUCCCGGAGAAAGAUCGAAAAGCCCACAAGAAGUUAAUCCAUUAAAUUAUAAUCGAUUUCAUUACCACCACCAUCAUCAUCAUCAUCAUCAAGACAACUUAAAUCAGCGAAAUUGGACCGAUCAAAUCAGAAAUGAUAGUGAAAUUUAUUUAAAUGAUACUAAUUCUAAUGAAAUUCCUGUUGAUUUUGUGACAAAAUUAAAUGGUCUUUCUUACACGGUUAAUGAUCUUUUAUUGCAUUAUGUUGAUGGAUACGAAGAAGACGAAGGAAAUUUUUUUGAAAACAGAUUUGGCGAAUCCGAAGAAAGAGCGAAUGUGCAAAUACCAAAACCAGCUCAAUGCAUCCCCGAAUUACAAACAGUUUCAUUGAGGCAAUCACCAAACCCUACGAUUAUGUAUUUACCAAGUUGUACGAGAAUCGAGCGAUGUGGGGGAUGUUGUAAUCAUAACAAAUUGGAAUGUCAACCUAUGGAAAUCGAAAAUGUUAACUUUCAAGUUAUCAAAACGGAAUUCUCUGGAGGUGCUAAACUACGAUUUGUAGAAAAAAUAGCUGUAACAUUAGAGCGGCAUAAAAAAUGUGCAUGUGGAUGUAAAGUUAAAGCGGAGCAUUGCACAUUACGACAAGAAUAUCGUGAAAAUGAAUGCAGAUGUGUUUGCCGUAACUUGGAUGAGCAGAAAAAGUGUGCAAAAGAAUAUAAGAAAUUAUGGGACUCAGAAUCUUGUGAAUGCCAAUGUAGAAAUUCAACGAUUUGCACCACCGGAACUACAUUUGAUGAUCAAGAAUGUAAAUGUGUAUUAACAUCUUCAAUGAGGCGGAGAUAUGUUGAUUUUCCUCAAAAUAACACCCCCACGGUGGUUCCUUUAGAUACAAACUAAAACUAUUUAAAGCUUAAAAAAAGUUGUGAUAUACAAUACUUACUUUUUAUUCAAAUAUAUUAUUAUUUUGAA